UGCAAAAAUAUCAACCGUCGGAUUAAAUACAUUUAACUUUAACUCAAAGCCUUUAGAAUGGAUUUUAGCUGCAGAUUUCCCACAUUCACACAGGAAACAGGAGGCAGGUUUGGCGUUUGGGUUCUGAGAGAGUUUCCAUUACCACUUCUCUCGUCUUCCUCGCAAAAUAAAAUUAAAAGUUUUAAAUAGAGCAAACUUUAUUUAGUCAUUUUGUUUCAGCUGAUCACUGUGGCGAUCCUGCAGCAUUGAAGCAGAAUCCUCUUUGUGUGAAAUGAGUUGAUUGUCUGAUUUUAGAUCAGUUUUCUUCGUCCCUGCCAGUAUUUAGCUUAUUAUGCACUGACUCUUUUAGUUAAACAUCUGUUAUGGAAUAAAAGUAAUCAAAUUAGAAGCAGGUAUAAAAGGAAUUGACAUCAAUAAAUACCAUAGAAGGUUUUAAUUUAUUUGCUUAAGUGUAGAAAAAUGUCUUCCAGUCACAAAAGUAAAAAUAAAAUCUGACUUCCUUCGCAUUUCAUUGAAAACAUAAUAGAAAAUUACGCUUUUAUUGCUAUUUUCUGACCAAGUAGAGGGCUCUACCUUCUCUUUACGUUAGAGGAAAAGGCAUCGGGAAAAUGGAGCUGAAAAGAAGGUUUGGAAAGUUAUUAGAAAACUAAAAUCUCGUGGCAUGAAUCUGAAUUAGAUGCGAGACGCAAAAAACCAAAUGAAUCGAUGAAGAAUUUCCAAAUAGAGCUGUAAACCAAGCAGAGGAAGGAAUGCAACUUUAAGCCAAAAAAAAUUAUCCAAAAAACCCCCCAAAAACAGAAAAUGUUGUUGUUGUGGGCUUUAAGCCUGGUUUUCAGUAUGUCAGGUGAUAUCUUGCUAUUUUAUCUCAAAACACGAAAGUGAAUGCAGUUCAUGUCGGCCUCAAACCUGCGGGGUUUGUGUGGUUUCAGAUUAAAAUUAAAAUUAAGGAAGUCGGUUACUGGUGUUUCUGUUCUCAGUUUAAGCAGACAAGAAGUGGACUGAUUAAAUCUGUUUAUUGAAGACGAUCGAAGAAAAAUGUUUUCUUCAAUCAUCUGUCAGUCUUUGUUCACAAAUUACGACACUUCCCUUUGUCCAGAGAGCUUAUUGACAAGGACAUGUGUGUCAAAAAGUAUUAGGUAACAUCCUUAAACUGUAGGAGGGCCACCAAUCUCUGUUUCAACUUUACCUGAAGUCUGUAAUAUGUGUGAGAGUGAAUGACAUAGAGAGGAGACUUGAUCUUUCAAACCACCACGACCUUGCAAGGAAAAAUAAAUACAUAAUAUGUUUGUAGUCCAGGUUUGUUUUGUUGCUCCAAAAUGAACCUGGGUCCAUUUGUAACUUUGAGAGUUGCAUUUGUCUUUAUUUGGUGGUGGAAAAUUAAGGCUCACAAAGACGGCAGAUUUUAAAUGGGGAUUAAAAUGUGGAACCAAAGUCCUAAUAAUGAGCUGCAUUUAUGAGGAGUGUGAUGCAGACCUAGGAUUCUACAGCGUUAUAUUUGUGCCAACAUUUUGAGUCCUAAUGUUUACUUUUCCUCAAGUAAACAUUAGCAUGCUUUUGUUUUUAACAUGUUAAGAUUACAAUAAAUAUAAUGAUAUUUUUCAAAGAGCCUGCUGGACUUGGUGCUGGCACUGGUUUUACGUUCGCUUGCAUUUUCAUUUUGAAGAGGAGACAAAAGAAAUGGCCCCGUGUGUUACAUCACGUCCGAAUGAAGACACGAAAUAUUCCUGAAUCACUUCACAAAGAACGCAACCAUCAAAAAGGCUUCAGUACUAUUUAUUUUACAAUUGUUUUUAAGGGUGCCAAUAAAGUAGUAAUAAUUUCUUACCAGUACAAUAAUUAAAAGUUGGAUUCUUAUUUUUUCUUCCCUGCUUGUGCUUUAAAAUAAAUAAGAGAGGCUACAGGAUAUCAUAAAAUGUGUUCAGGACAAAUAACUCCAAUCUCUUAAAAACAUGUUAAGUUGUUGAGGUGUUUCCACCGAAAGACGCACAACACAUUUCCCCGCUGAUGCGUGACAACUUCCUGUUUUUAAUAGUGAACAAACGGUGAGUCUGUCUAAAUUUACACGAGAACAUCUGAACAGUGGAAUGCAGUUAUUGGACUUCACAUCUGCUGAACUCCUCAGUCCUUCAUUCAGGUUUAUUUCUCCAGUGCAGCCAUUUGUCAUACAUCAUGAUGAACAAAAUGUUCCUGAGUGUCCUCUUUUUUUCAAGCUCUGUGGUUGCUUGUGUUGAAGACGCGGGCCUGUUCAUCACUGCACCGACACCGAUGGAGGCUCUGAAUGGAUCCUGUUUGCAUAUUCCCUGUAGCUUCACAGCUAAAAAUGAAGUCAGCUUUUCCAGUGGAAAGCCUGUCGGAGUCUGGAUGAAAAGUGACCCGAAAUUCUCCACAUUUCCACAGAAUGUGAUUUUCAACAGCAGUGAGACGACAAACGCCUAUCCCAUGACUAUAAGUGGCAAUCUGAUGGAGAAAAACUGCACCACUUUGUUUUCAGGCAUAAGCCAAAGACAUGCAGACACAUAUUACUUCAGAAUUGAAAGCGGCCAAUUUAAGGCUUCGGCUAUUUGCAAUGCUCUUCAAAUAAAAAUUAAAGAUUCUCCAUGGAGUCCCAGCAUUAAUGUUCCCUCUGACCUGAAGGAGCAUCAGUCUGUCACUGUAACCUGCUCAGCUUUCACUCCCUGUCCACACUCACCUCCUGAACUCACCUGGAAUCUCCAACAAGACUCUCUCAGACAAACAGAGAAAAACACAGAUGGAACCUUUACAACUAAAAUCCAGGAGAACAUCACUCUGUCAGACACACAUGAUGGAUACAACAUCAGAUGUUCUGCCAGAUAUCCUGUGAUCGGAGGAAACAAGACAGCAGAGACAGAAGUGACUCUCAGUGUUUCCUAUGCUCCUAGAGACACCUCAGCAUCCAUCAGUCCAUCAGGUUUGGUGUCAGCAGGUAGCUGGGUGGAGCUGAGCUGCUCCAGCAGAGCCAAACCUCCACCCAGCUUCACCUGGUUCAAGAACAGUGAACAUGGAAACAUUAAUGUGUCCAUGGGGCAGGUUUACAGCUUCAAUGCCUCUGAGGGAGGAAAGUAUUACUGUUUGGCCACAAAUGAUCUGGGGGAUGAGAGAUCAUCAGGGAUCUUCCUGAGUUUUGAAGUUUCGCCACAGCAAUCUGAACACUGGCUGGAAAUCUGCACUGGAAUCAUUACGAUCAUCAGUGUCGGUGUCUGUAUUUGGGCUAUCGUUUGCUGGAGGAGGAAAAAGACGACAGAUGAAGCCGUAUCAUGGCUACAGAUUGAAAAUAGUUUAGAGUCUACAAGAAGCACAGAAGAGGAAGAAAAAGAACAAACCCUCCAUUAUGGAGAGAUUCAGUUUCUAAAGCGAAGCCCUGAACCAUCCAACUGCAGAGUGGAGCUCGACACAGUCUACUCUCAGGUUAAAGUGUCUGAGCCAGCAAGUCGUUUGAGGCAAAUGGCUGAUGACCCAGAAUGCCUCUAUGCUCAAGUAAGAUGUUAGUGAUUUUAGAUAAAUUUUUUUUUACAGGUUUCUAUGUAGUUAAUCCUUUUCAAAAUACCUCAUGUACUAAAAGGAUCCCCUCAUGUGUGAAUGCAAUGCCUACACUUCCUCAACAGGAAACUCAAACUCGCACACUUCAGCAAUUUCUUCUCCCCCCCAGACGAAUAUACACAGAUGUAUGCAAAUAGUCACAGAGCUCUAGAAAAAAGGGGAACCUCGUCAACCUUUCUGUUCACACACCUGCAUCAUAGGCUAUGAGCACUGAGAGCAAUAAGUUUUCUGCUUGAAUACUGUAUUAUAUUCUUCACUUUUGUCGUGCGUGUGCCUGAAUCCCAUGUCCAUUUUGUUUCAUACGCUGACAGGGUUUUCCCCGCUCCCUCUUAUUCUUAUUUAGCUGUGCGGUUGCAGCAGUUGCUGAAAGCAUGUUUUAAAUACAGCGACUAUUUACUUCAGGUUUGACUUUGUUGUAAGCCCAGGUGAAAAGAGUGAUGGACGGAGAAAUUGUUGUGAUUCCAGGAAGCUCUUUGUAAAUGUUCAGUGUCACAUUUGAAGUGGUGAGACCAAAUGAGAAGCCACUAGCUUGUAUUUGAUAUAAAUCUACUUCAUCUUUAUCUUCUCCUGCGUGUUCAUUUUUGGCAUCUAUUCACCAU